GCGAGCGAGCAGCUACACCAGAGGCAGGGAACAGACGAAGGGUGUUGCCAUGGUGAUGGCAAAGGAGGACAGCAUGGUACGGGUGGUGGUGCGGGUACGGCCCCCCACCCCUCAGGAGUUGGACAGUCAACGUCAGCCUGUGGUUCAGGUGGUGGACGAGCGUGUGCUGGUGUUUAACCCUGAGGAGCCCAAUGGAGGGUUCCCUGGCCUGAAAUGGGGUGGCAUCCAUGAUGGCCCCAAGAAGAAGGGCAAAGACCUGACAUUUGUCUUUGACCGGGUUUUUGGUGAGGCUGCCACCCAACAGGAUGUGUUCCAGCACACCACUCACAGCCUCCUGGAUGGCUUCCUCCAGGGCUACAACUGUUCAGUGUUUGCCUAUGGUGCCACUGGGGCUGGGAAGACCCACACCAUGCUGGGAAGGGAGGGGGACCCUGGAAUCAUGUACCUGACCACCAUGGAGCUGUUCAAGCGUCUUGAGGCCUGCCAGGAGGAGAAGCACUUUGAGGUGCUCAUCAGCUACCAGGAGGUGUACAAUGAGCAGAUCCACGAUCUUUUGCAGCCCAAGGGGCCCCUUGCCAUCCGUGAGGACCCUGACAAGGGAGUGGUGGUACAAGGACUUUCCUUCCAUCAGCCAGCUUCAGCUGAGCAGUUGCUGGAGAUGCUGACCAGGGGCAACCGGAACCGCACACAGCACUCUACUGAUGCCAAUGCCACUUCCUCCCGCUCCCAUGCCAUCUUCCAGAUCUUCGUGAAGCAGCAGGACCGGAUUCCAGGACUGACCCAGACCGUUCAGGUGGCCAAGAUGAGUCUGAUUGACCUGGCUGGCUCAGAGCGGGCAUCCAGUACCCAUGCAAAGGGAGAGCGGCUGCGGGAGGGUGCCAACAUCAACCGCUCUCUGCUGGCACUCAUCAAUGUCCUCAAUGCCCUGGCCGAUGCCAAGGGCCGCAAGACUCACGUGCCCUACCGGGAUAGCAAACUGACCCGACUACUCAAAGACUCCCUUGGGGGCAACUGCAGAACUGUGAUGAUCGCUGCUGUCAGCCCCUCCAGCCUGGCCUAUGAGGAUACAUACAACACCCUCAAGUAUGCCGACAGGGCUAAGGAGAUCAGGCUCUCGCUGAAGAGCAAUGUGAUCAGCUUGGACUGUCACAUCAGCCAGUAUGCCACCAUCUGCCAGCUGCUCCAGGCUGAGGUGGCUGCUCUGAGAAAAAAGCUCCAGGAGUAUGAGGCAGGAGCCCAGACCCCACAUCAGGACCUCCUGGGGUCCCCCAAGCCAGGCCCGCCACAGCAACACCAGCUCUGCACCCCAGAGCUUCCUGUGGGGUCCAGAUCUCUUCCAGAAGAGAGCCUGGGGAUGAGGGCCCAGGAGGAGAGAGUUGUGGAAGAGAACUCUUUAGACCAUGAGCAACCUUCAAAGGACAAGGACAAAGGCCCAGCAGAGGAGGUUUCAAUCCAGAUGCCAGAGCAGAGCCUCAAGCAUCCGCUGCCAGGUCCUCCUAGUUUGAGCCUGCAGCCCAAGCCUGUCAUGGGCCACCUCUCACCACCAAAGCUGGACAGGGAUCUGCAGUUGGCUCUGAAGGUGCUGCGCCUAGCCCAGCGGCAGUACUCCCUGCUCCAAGCAGCCAACCUCCUGACACCUGACAUGAUCACAGAGUUUGAGACCUUGCAGCAGCUGGUGCAACAGGAAAAACUUGAACCUGGGGCAGAGGCCUCCAGGCCUCCUGGGCUGACAGGAGGGACACCUUUUGCUCAGGAGCUGUGUUCAGAGUCAAAGUCUCCAAGGUACUCUGGCCCCAUGACCCGGACCAUGGCAAGGCGACUGAGGGGCCCCAUGCACACUCUGGGGAUCCUAUCUGGGCCUGAGUGCACCCCAGCCCAGGCAUCCCGAUGGCCCACAGAGAAGAAGAGGAGGAGGAGACCCAGCCCCUUGGAGCCAGACAGUCCCCCAGCCCCAAAGCAGAGAACUAAGUGCCAGCGCCAGUCUUUCCUGCCCUGCCUAAAGAGAGGGUCUCUGCCUGAAGCCCAGCCUUCAUUUGGGCCCAGCACCCCCAAAAGGGGAAGGGCCUCCUCCCCUUGCCAUUCCUCUCGUGUAUGCCCAGCCACAGUCAUCAAAAGCCGGGUGCCCCUGGGCCCAUCUGCCAUACAGAACUGUUCUACCCCUCUGGCUCUGCCCACUGGGGAUCUCAAUGCCACCUUUGAUCUCUCUGAGGAGACACCCUCCAAGCUCAGUUUCCUUGAAGGCAUUGGGUGGGAGACAGUACCCCAGGAGCGGAACAAGCUGGACCAGCCCUUCAUGCCCAGGUGGGUCUUCUUUCUAGCCUCAUUCCUACCCCUCCCAACAGGGGGUCAGUGGCCAGCAAGGGACAGUAAUGCUGUCAAGGAGAGUGGAGGACAGCCUGACUCCUGGACUGGAUCUUUGCUGUUUCCCUUUGGUCAUGAUCAGCUUCCCUCCUUAGGCCCAGGAGAGCAGGAUAUACAGUUGCUAGGGAGGAAGGGCUGUGUCUUGGGAGCCCAUGCCUUGUCAGUCCAGGCUGCAAAGCCAUUAGCUCUGUGGUGGCUUGCAGCACACUCACGGGUAGCUAAUGGGACCCCAGCUUGGGAAGAGUCAACAGGGAGCAGGAUUGAGUGAGGGGAGCCCAAUACCAUCUGCUCCUCUGCCUCGCAUGGGCCCUCUGGCCUUGAGUUCAGUGUUCCACUGGGAAAUAUCUAUUCCUGCCACUCCCAUCCCCAGAUUUUGCUCUCUAGCCCAGCAUUUAGAAUAGGAGAGGUGGUCCUCAGAAAACUUUAUUAAGUUUUUCCCAGGGAGAUGAUGAAGCUCUCACCCUCAUCUUCCACCCACAUAGCAGGGUAGGGGAACAGCAGCCAGCUCAGGACAGUUCAAGGCCAAGAACGAGUGGCAGACUGACCUGGAUUUGUGAGACAGAGGCCAGCAGCUGCCCACCUGCACCCCCGUUCCUGCCAUAGCCCACAAAGCAGUUCUCAGUAACAAGCUCAGAGCCGGGCAGGUGGAAGGGUGAAAUUGUUUGAACUCUGGUUCCCUGAACGCACCAGAAACUGACAUCUGGAUGUCCUCCCAGAGCAGGCCUGUCACUUAGCUGUCAGCCUGGGCCAAGUGAGGCAGGGAAAGGAGUCCAUCUUGUAGUAGGAGGAAACCUCAGAGGUCAUCUCAUCCAACCACCUCCCUCUUCCCCUCAUUAGGGGUUGAAGGAAGGAAGUAACUGGCACCACUUUUGGUUCCCUGUCAUUCUGCCUCCCUUUCCCUUCCUUUCUCCCCAGUGGACCUGUGCUGUUCACCAUGAAGGGCCCCAAGCCAACAUCUUCCCUGCCUGGG